AUGCUUUCCGUGGCAUCACUACUCAACCCUGCUCCGUUGGAACCGCAAGGCACAGGUACAAAACUGCCUUCCAGUCCUUCGCCUUCCUUCCGCACUUCGCCUUCAACUUGUGAUAGCCCUCAGUUAUCAAGUUAUACCUCGAAUAAGAAGCAGAAGAUGAGUAAGGAUGGCGCAGUUUUCCAAAAGGGCAAGAUCAAGGGCGAAGUCAACUACCCCCCGUUUGAAGACCUGGACGACGAAGCCAUGCGCGAGGUUCGAAAAUACCAUGUCUACCCAAUUGGAGAGAUCCAGGAGUACUGCCGCCACAUUCCAUAUAACAGUGAAAAGAAAAGCUUUCUUGAAAAGACAGGCCGAGAAGGUUUUGAAGUAUUUCAAUAUACCUUCAAAGUUCCCGGAGACGAAAAGGUAUACACCGUGAUGUGGGAUUACAAUAUCGGGCUCGUUCGCAUCACACCAUUUUUCAAGUGUUGCAAAUAUUCUAAGACGACUCCCGCGAAAAUGCUCAACAUGAACACAGGCUUGAAGGAGAUCACGCAUAGCAUCACUGGCGGGGCACUUGUAGCACAAGGGUACUGGAUGCCAUACUCCUGCGCUCUUGCAGUUUGCGCAACAUUCUGUGCUCACAUCGCCGGCGCACUGAUACCAAUUUUCGGGCCAACAUUUCCCUCGCAAUGUGUAUCGCCGGAAGCCCCCGAGCACGGCCGCAUGGUUAUCGAUCAGGCCCUCGUCGUCCAGGCUACCGUGGAUGCAAAUACAUAUCGCCAACAAUACGGCAGCGUUUCACCUAAGCCUAGGCGGGAUACCUACUCGCCUCGGCAACGCUUGCCUGACCACCGGACCGCAUCCUCGAGCCCUCUCGAUCAGCGUCUCCGUCUUAAGAGAGCAUUUGUCGGCGAUAGCCCGUACCGCACGCCAGCUGACACGGAUAUAGAUGGGAAUGGCAGCGAAGCGAGCAGUGGUGAUGGUUACUUCUGCUCGCCUAUUAGCCCUCUAUCCCCAAAAAGUCUUAACCUGAACCAGUCACCAACCUGGCGAGGCCAUCACAUGGUUUCUCAUAGCACGGAUUCCUCCAUCGACAUUCAAUCCCAUCAACUUGGCCCAGGCCCGAAUCCUGUACUUAGUGCAAUUCCACGCUCGACAGGCCCACUAAAUGCACAACUGGAUUCUCCUUGGAGCCCGAAGCGAAAAGCUGAUGAACUUGAUGCGGACGAUGAGUAUGAUGGCGAGGAGAGUGCGAGCGUUACUGAUGACAAAAUAAGCGAGCAUGAUGGAGGAUCCGGUACACACAUGGAGGAUACCUGCAACAUGAGAUCUAGGCUCGGUAGUGCGGAUAGGAUGGCGGCAUGGUUGCUGAUGCAACUUAACGUGACGGAUCGCGAGAACAGAGCCGACACUGCUACAAAGGAUGAGGUUCUGGAUUCAGAAGAACCGAGGAUAAAGAGGAGGAGGCCAGCAUCUAUGUGA